ACAGGCAAAACAACACUAGUCAACAAGCUACACAAUGACCUAGAGCACUGGCUCGCCGAUAUUUCAAUCGAUAAACCACAAAUAGUCUCCGAAGUCGCCAGAACUGUUCUGGUCAAGCACAAAUACUCAGCCCAAGAUAUCCAAACGUCAACUACCAGGUGCUUUGAACUCCAACAACUCAUUCUUGAAGCACAAGCAUCCUCCGAGAAGGAAGCUCUAGAGACCUCCAGUUGGUUCAUCUCCGACCCUUCCGGGUUCGACCCUUUAGUCUACGCAAAGCGAUAUGCCGCCCCAGAUGCUGUUCGACAGUUGCAGAAACUGCCUGCCUGGAAAAAGGUCAAGGCAAGAAUGGAGAGUUCUUUGAUCCUGGUCUGUGAAGCGGGGACGCCGUGGCUGAUGGACGAUGGUGUGCGAUUGAUGCCUGGAAGCGAUAAGGAGUGGAUGCAGCUUUUUCACGACUUUUGCGAACUGUUGGAUGACAUUGGGCUUGAGUACUGUGUCGUACCUCGGACCAUGUUGUAUCUCUCAAAACGGGCAGACCUUGUACGUGCGAAGUGGACUGAGAGACGACAGUCUUUGAUUGACAAACGAUAG